AAAAAAAAAAAAAAGUGGUGGUUGCUUUAAGCCAAAUAAACAAAAAACACUGUAAGGUUAAGAUUCCUUAGAAUAGGCUUCUACAAUGCCUUGUAAUUCUCUGUAAUAUUCUCACAUGUGUGCUUCUCAUUCUGGAUAAUAAAGUCUAGGAGAAUAGGGUGUUAUUGGCGAUUUUAUCCCAGCACUCAGUAUGCGGCCUAGCACACAGCGGAUGCUCAAUAAACAUGCUUGUUCGACUAGAUCUAUAGGGGGUCUCACCAGACUGCAGAAGUUGUCUCCAGGAAUAUGUUCCACAGUGCACCAUUCUCAAGCCUUGUGGCCAGUGGUGGAAAGAAGGUGAAUUGUGAGGUAUGUGGAACAUGGGACCCUGGGGAGUUCCGUAACCAGGAGGAGAAAGAAGCAACAACAGCUAGUGGUGACAAAAAGAACUGCUGCUCCCUUCUUCCCCCUCCAUGUUCCUAGUGGAGAGUUGAGCCCAGCAUCCCAGACUUGCGUGACUAUAUAGGCAAGCAUUCAGAGACUGACUUCACUUUGGUACCCUAGCCCUCAGUGGCUCAAGGUUGGCUUUCUGAGCAGAUAAUAGGCUUUUAAGUAGCAAAGUUCCCUGCUCUCAGCAAGCCCAACACCAUGGGGAAGGGAGACACCUCGGAGGUAGCACCACCCACUUCAGCCUACCGCUCUGUCAUGGAGGACUAUGGUUAUGAGGUGGGCAAGGUCAUUGGCAAUGGCUCCUAUGGAACGGUGUAUGAGGCUUACUACACAAAGCAGAAGGUGAUGGUGGCUGUCAAGAUCAUCUCAAAGAAGAAGGCCUCUGAGGACUAUCUUAACAAGUUCCUGCCCCGUGAGAUACAGGUAAUGAAGGUCCUGCGGCACAAGUACCUCAUCAACUUCUACCAGGCCAUCGAAACCACAUCCCGAGUGUACAUCAUUCUGGAGCUGGCUCAGGGCGGGGACGUCCUGGAGUGGAUCCAGCGCUACGGGGCUUGCUCUGAGCCCCUUGCUGGCAAGUGGUUCUCCCAGAUGACCCUGGGCAUCGCCUAUCUGCACAGCAAGGGCAUCGUGCACCGCCUGACCCCCAGCCUUUCUGCUGCUGGUAGGGACUUAAAGUUGGAGAACCUGUUGCUGGACAAGCGGGAGAAUGUGAAGAUAUCGGACUUUGGCUUCGCCAAGAUGGUGCCUUCUAACCAGACAGUGCACAGUAGCCCUUCUUACCGCCAAAUGAACUGCUUUACAAACCACCUCAGCCAGACCUACUGUGGCAGCUUUGCUUAUGCGUGCCCGGAGAUCUUGCUGGGCUUGCCCUACAACCCUUUCCUGUCUGACACCUGGAGCAUGGGUGUCAUCCUCUACACUCUAGUGGUCGCCCGGCUGCCCUUUGAUGACACCAAUCUCAAGAAGCUGCUGAAAGAGACUCAAAAGGAGGUCACUUUUCCAUCUAACUACUCCAUCUCCCAGGAGUGCAAGAACGUGGUCCUCCAGACGCUACGCCAAGCCACCAAACGGGCCACCAUCCUGGACAUCAUCAAGGAUCCUUGGGUGCUCAAGUUCCAGCCUGAGCAACCCACCCAUGAGAUCAGGCUGCUUGAGGCCAUGUGCCAACCCCCCAGCACCACUAAUCGGCACCAAUCCUUGGAAAUCAAUACCUAAAAGUGGUUGAAGGAAGGGGUUGAGAGAGGAGCUAAGCAGGAGGGUCUGGGGCUAAAAAUCUUUUAUACCAAAAAUAAAUCUGAUUUAGUUUCAGCA